AAAUACCUGACACUAAAACGUACAAAUUGAUCAUGAAAUGUGUCGGCUUGAAGCUAAAGUUUAGAUUUUUUUGCAGGUUAACAACAGAUAACACAAAAUGGGAACAAGAUAAAAAUGAUUGAAAUUUCAUAAAAAGAUUUAUUUUACUAUACAAUUGCUGUCUUAGAAUCCUUUGAAGAGGACUGCAUUGAUUUGCAACAAUAAAAUCAAAUAACAUAAAAUAAAAUCAGUUUUUAAUGGUCUCUAAAUAAUGCUCCUCAGGAUAUAAGGGAUGGGUGGUUCGUUUUAUAAAUUAAACUUUAAGAAAAGUUGAUUUGUACAGAACCACUCAUUCACAAGUUAAUUUAAAGAACUUUUCAGAAAAAUAAAGGAAUAAAGUUCAAAUGUACAUAAUUUUUGUGGUUCACUGUUUAUGUUGUCAAAUUUGUCUUUUAUUAACAUUACAGGAUUCAAGUUAUUCCCAGAUUAAACAGUUUAGAGAAUACGUUUAUAGAGUCAAUGCUUUGAUAUUUUUCUUGCUUCAUAAUCUGAGAUCAUCAUGUGGACCAUCUGCUGUUGAGUUUAAAUACUUUCUAUCUGUUUAUUGGUUUUCAGUAUGUUUUCUAAAAACAUCUGGCAAAAUAAGUGAGGCUGCUUGAGAAUAAAAGGACAUUAAACAAGUGAAGGUUUCUAAAAAAACGACCACAAAAAUAACGGGGAGGGACGACUGAAAUGAACUGUGUGAUAAUUUGGAUCAGUGAGAACUUGGAUAAGAAAAAACAGAAACUUCCAGGCAGGGACCAUCAUUUAUUGUCGUGUUCACAUCCUGCCAGUUUUACUCACCACACUUACGAGAUGUCUGGAUCAGAUAACCUAUUGUUGUCUUGACCCUUUUGUUCUUUUGAGAAAUGGGUCAUUACCUGAUUGUAAGUGUGCAGUAAAUUGCCCCCUUCAGAGGUCAUGUGACUGCAGAUACAAAGGGGGGCAGUCUUUCCACCUUCAUCACACUUAUCUGUGUUCAGGAGGACAAAUUGUUUCUAAAGAAAACCUCGCUGUUGAUAGUGUGAAUAUGAGGGGAUGAUUAAACCCCCCCUGCCCUCAUCUAUUGGUUGCCAGAGGAGGUUGUGGCUUAUAAAUACCAGGCCUCGCUGGUGUGACCCUCCAGGUUCUCACGAUUCUAAAAGCUGACAGGUUUCCUCCACUCAGGGUUAUACCAGUAUGAAAUCCAGGAUGUGGAUGCUCCUCCUUUUGUGUGGCCCUUUAGGGGCAUUAGGGACAGAAGACACUCUCACCAGGGACGGCCGGCAGCUUCAGAGCCUACACUGCCCGCCUUGCAAGCGGAUACACUGCUCCACCAGGCGGACGCUGAGGCUCCAGUGCAAAGGUGGCGUCACGACGGGCGUCUGCGGCUGCUGCCCCGUGUGCGCCCGGACGGAGGGGGAGACCUGCGGAGGGAACUGGGACUAUCUGGGGAAGUGUGAUGAGGGGUUUGUGUGUAUUUAUCAGGAGCCAGCAGCUGAUAAACCAGAUGCAGAGAGAAAGGGGAUCUGUAAGGCAGUGAUUGAAACCCUCAAUCCAGAGAGCUGCAGCCCAGAAUGCACCAAGGAGUACUGUCAGGCCAACCCUUCUGCAAUCUGCUCUGCCAGGUUUGCAUCUCUGGAGAAGAAGGCAUGCCAGGGCUCCUGUCAGCACACCUCCUGCACAAGCUGCCUCAUGCUGAAGCGUCCUUCAUGCCCUCACAGCUGCGCGCCGUCCGAUCCCGCCUGCCUGGACCGUUUCGGGAGGUGUGUGCACAAUCACCUGAAAGCUCAUCCUGCCUGCAGCAGUGACAUACAGAAUAACAGCGAAGGGAAUUUGGUGUGUUUGGUGCCGGACUGCUUACCCUCAAACCCACAGCUGUAAAUCCACCAAGGGGAAGAGAUGACUGAAACCAAGGGAAAAUCUUCACAAGUUCAUGUAGCAAAAUGGAAAAAGGGCAGCUACCUUCUUAAUGUCAGUACCCUGAGAAUACUAUGUGAUCUCAUUUUAUGAUGUGAAUUGUACAUAUGUAAUCAGUCAGUUUAAGAACAUUUGUAAAAUAAACUUUGUGUAAAUAUCUGCGAAAAUAAACAUCCAAGUGAUACUCGA